AUGGCAAGUAUAGCGAUGCGAAUGUUUUUGUAUACUGCCACUGUUGUUCAGAUAACUUGCGCUGAUGUGUUGAAUAACGAGCUCUCUGGUUGGCCAGAAAUCCUGUGCAACGCCGAAUCGAUCGAAAUGCGAUUCAAAACCACGAAAGAAUUCCAAGGUAAGGUGUACGUGAAAGGAAGUUACCAGCAUCCCGAUUGUCGCGUCGAAUACACCUCCAAAGUAGCUCGACAAGCAUCUACACGAGGAAUAAAAAUUGAGCAUGGAACAUGUAACAUGAGCAGACAGAGACUGGUACCUCCAGAAGGCAUGAUUCUCUCUACAGUUCUCGUCAUCAGUUUUCAUCCCCUCUUCAUUACCAAAGCGGACAAAAUGUUUAACGUCAGGUGUAUGUACAAAGAAUCUUCACAAUCUAUCACCUCUAAACUCUACGUCAGCAUGUUACCAUCCGAACAAUUACCCACCGGCUCGAUCUCUCCGACGUGUUCCUAUACCAUUAGGAGGGAUUCCCUAGAUGGUGAAAUCCUUGCAUACGCCAAAGUUGGUGAUCAAGUGGUACACAGAUGGAAUUGCGAUACA